CGGCUACAUUGUUCCUGGCGAUAAGGGGCGCCAGCAACUGUCACGGAAAGCUUCGAUGUGACUUGAUCCGCGCUCUCGGCAUAGCUAAUUCAACUGGUUAAGUUUGUAGAAACAGCAUUUGAUUGCUUUUCGACUGUGCCGCGAUCUCUUCCAAGACUCUCUGGAUAUAUUUGGACACUAUUGCGGACCAUCUUCGAGGGUCACCUCAGUAAUCUUCAGUCCACCCGACUCUCCAAGCAAUCCCAUAGGUCUACGCUUGGAGGAAAUAUGCUGCAAAAUUGAGGAAAGUCAAGAGGCAGCAUGACUUGCUCUUGCCCUAUCCUCGAAAAUCACUUUUCCUGGCACGUACUGUCUUAAUGCUUUCACAUUUUGGUUUACAAAUAUGAUGAAAUGGCAGCCCCGGAAGAAGGCAUACUUCCGACAGGGUGUUGCCCUUCAGUACCUGGGUCGCCAUGCCGACGCCUUGGCUGCCUUCGCCUCUGGGCUGGCCCAGGACCCCAAGAGCCUGCAGCUGCUGGUCGGCAUGGUGGAGGCCGCCAUGAAGUCCCCUAUGAGAGAGUCUCUGGAACCGACCUAUCAGCAGCUGCAGAAGAUGAAGCUGGACCGGAGCCCGUUUGUGGUGGUGUCUGUGAUUGGCCAGGAGCUGCUGUCGGCGGGCCACCACCAGGCCUCGGUGGUGGUGCUGGAGGCGGCGCUGCGCAUCGGCACCUGCAGCCUCAAGCUCCGCGGCUCCGUCUUCUCCGCCCUCAGCUCCGCCCAGUGGUCGCUGGGCAACACCGAGAAGAGCGUCAGCUACAUGCAGCAGGACCUGGAGGUGGCCAAGAGUUUAGGUGACCAAUCGGGUGAAUGCCGUGCCCAUGGCAACCUGGGGUCGGCAUUCUUCUCCAAGGGGAACUAUCGAGAGGCGCUCAGCAAUCACCGCAACCAACUAGUGCUCGCCAUGAGGCUCAAGGACCGCGAGGCCGCCUCUCUCGCGCUGUGCAGCCUGGGCCACGUCUACACCUCCAUCGGCGACUACCCCAACGCCCUGGCCAGCCACAAGCAGUGCGUCCUGCUGGCCAAGCAGUCCAAGGACCAGCUGUCGGAGGCCCGCGAGCUGGGCAACAUGGGCGCCGUCUACAUCGCCAUGGGCGACUUCGAGAACGCCGUGCAGUGCCACGAGCAGCACCUGGGCGUGGCCAAGACGCUGGCCAACAAGCGCGAGGAGUCGCGCGCCUACAGCAACCUGGGCAGCGCCUACCACUACCACCGCAACUUCGACAAGGCCAUGUCCUACCACACGCACGUGCUGGAGCUGGCCAAGGAGCUGGACGAGAAGGCCAUCGAGAUGCGGGCCUACGCCGGCCUGGGCCACGCCGCCCGCUGCAUGCAGGACCUGGAGAGGGCCAAGCAGUACCACCAGCAGCAGCUGGGCAUCGCCGAGGAGCUCAAGGACCGCGCCGCCGAGGGACGGGCCUCCUCUAACCUCGGUAUCAUCCACCAGAUGAAGGGCGAGUACGAGACGGCGCUGAAGCUGCACAAGACCCACCUGGCCAUCGCGCAGGAGCUGAGCGACUACGCGGCGCAGGGCCGCUCCUACGGCAACAUGGGCAACGCCUACAACGCGCUGGGCUCCUUCGAGCAGGCCGUGCGCUACCACCGCCAGGAGCUGCAGAUCUCCAUGGAGGUCAACGACCGCGCCUCGCAGGCCUCCACGCACGGCAACCUGGCGGUGGCCUACCAGGCGCUGGGCGCCCACGACCGCGCCCUCCAGCACUACCAGAACCACCUCAACAUCGCCCGCGAGCUCCGCGACGUGCAGAGCGAGGCGCGCGCGCUGGGCAACCUUGGCAACUUCCACUGCUCGCGCGGCGAGUUCGCCCAGGCCGUGCCCUACUACGAGCAGUACCUGCGCCUCUCGCCCGACCUCCAGGACAUGGAGAGCGAGGGCAAGGUGUGCCACAACCUGGGCUACGCCCACUACUGCCUGGGCAGCUUCCGCGACGCCGUCAAGUACUACGAGCAGGACCUGGCGCUGGCCAAGGACCUCCACGACAAGCUGAGCCAGGCCAAGGCCUACUGCAACCUGGGGCUGGCCUUCAAGGCGCUCGGCGACUUCGCCAAGGCCGAGGAGUGCCAGAAGUACCUGCUGUCGCUGGCGCAGUCGCUGGACAACGCGCAGGCGCGCUUCCGCGCCCUGGGCAACCUCGGAGACAUCGCCGUCUGCAAGAAAGACAUGGCGGCCGCCGUGCAGUUUUACGAGCAGCAGCUGGCGCUCGCCCUCCAGGUGAAGGAGCGUCGCAUGGAGGCGUCGGCCUAUGCCGCGCUGGGCUCGGCCUACCGGCUGGCGCAGAAGUACGAGGAGGCGCUGGGCUACCACGCCAAGGAGCUGGAGGUGUGCCAGGCGCUGGGCGACGCGCCGGCCGAGUGCAAGGCCCACGGGCGCCUGGCGGCCGUCUACAUGGCCCUGGGCCAGUACGCCGCCGCCUUCCAGCGCUACCAGCAGCAGCUGGAGCUCAGCCAGCGGCUGCGCGACCCCGGCGCGGAGGCGCAGGUCUACGGCAACAUGGGCAUCACCAAGAUGAACGUGGGCGCCAUGGAGGAGGCCAUCGGCUACCUGGAGCAGCAGCUGGCCACGCUGCAGCAGCUGAGCGGCGGCGCCGAGGUGGUGCUGGACCGCGGGCGCGCCUUCGGGAACCUGGGCGACUGCUACGACGUGCUCGGCGACUACGAGGAGGCGGUCAAGUACUACGAGCGCUACCUGGCCGUGGCGCAGAGCCUGGGGAGGACGCAGGACCAGGAGAAGGCCUACCGGGGGCUGGGGAAUGGACACAGGGCGAUGGGUAACCUGCAGCAGGCGCUGGUGUGCUUCGAGAAGCGGCUGGUGGUGGCGCACGAGCUGGGCGAGUGCCAGGGCAAGGCGGCGGCGUACGGCGAGCUGGGCGCCCUCCACAGCCAGCUGGGCAACCACGAGCAGGCGCUCUCCUGCCUGGAGCGCCAGCUGGCCCUGGCGCAGGAGACGCGCGACCGGGCGCUGGAGGGCGACGCCAACGCCGGCCUGGGCGUCCUCUACCAGGCCAUGGGCGAGCACGAGACGGCGCUGCGGUGCCACCAGCGCGACCUGGAGGUGGCCGAGGAGACGGGCAGCGCCGAGCGGCAGGGCCGCGCCUACGGCAACCUGGGCCUCACCUACGAGGCGCUGGGCAACUAUGAGCGCGCCGUGGUCUACCAGGAGCAGCACCUGAGCGUGGCGGCGCAGACCAACGACCUGGCCGCCAAGACGCUGGCCUACGGCAGCCUGGGGAGGACACACCACGCCCUGCACAACUACUCGCAGGCCGUCAUGUACCUGCAGGAAGGUCUGAGAUUGUCUGAGCAGCUGGGUAGGCGUGAGGAAGAGGCGAAGAUCCGGCAUCGUCUGGGGCUCUCGCUGUGGGCCAGCGGCAACCUGGAAGAGGCCCAGCACCAGCUCUACCGGGCGUCGGUGUUGUUCGAGGCGAUCCGUCACGAGGCUCAGCACAGCUCCGACUACAAGCUGUCCCUCUUCGACCUGCAGACGUCUUCCUAUCAGGCUCUCCAAAGGGUGCUCGUCAGCCUCGGUCACCACGACGAGGCGCUGGCGGUGGCGGAGCGCGGGCGCACGCGGGCCUUCGCCGACCUGCUGGUGGAGCGCCAGACGGGUCAGCAGGACGUGGACGCCUACAGCCCGGCCACCGUGGAGCAGAUCCUGGACGCGGUCAACAAGCAGCGCGCCCUGGUGCUCUACUUCUCCCUCGCCGCCGGCUACCUCUACAGCUGGCUGCUGGCGCCCGGAGCUGGCAUCCUGAAGUUCCACGAGGUCUAUCUGGGCGAGGGGGUGUCGGAGGGGGACCCCGAGUUCCAGGAGGGGGCCGGGGGAGGCGGAGGAGGAGGAGGAGGAGGCGCGGGCGUGGCGGGGGGCUCCUCCCUGGAGCAGUACAUCUCCAGCGCCCGCGAGGCCCUCGGCGUGGAGUCCUACUACAGCAGAGGCUGUUCUGGCAGCGAGACGGAGAGUGAGGCGGGGGAUCUGUUGGAUCAGCAGUUUGAGGAGCUCAACAACAAGCUGAACACGGGCUUCCUCCGCAUGGUGUCCAGGAACAACCUCUUCAACAGGAGCUGCCAGAGCAUGACCAGUCUCUUCAGUAACCCCAUGUCUCCGGUGAAGGACGGCACGUCCUCCCUGUCCCACCGGCCAAGCUCCCUCAACAAGCCCCCGCUCCGCACGCUCUACGACCUGCUCAUCGCGCCCAUGGAGGGGGGCCUGAUGCACUCCAGUGGGCCUGUGGGGCGGCACCGUCAGCUGGUGCUGGUGCUGGAGGGCGAGCUCUACCUGAUCCCGUUCGCCCUGCUCAAGGGCAGCUCGUCCAACGAGUACCUGUACGAGCGCUUCAGCCUCAUCGCCGUGCCCUCCAUACGCUCCCUGGGCGCCGUCUCCAAGGCCAACGCCCGGCGCAUGGUGUCCUGUGGGGGCGGCGUGGGCACGGCGGCGGUGGUGGGCAACCCUCGGCUGCCCUCGUCGGCCAUGGACCGCUGGCUGUGGGGGCCCAUGCCCUCGGCCGAGGAGGAGGCGGCCAUGGUGGCCGAGCUGCUGGGCUGCCAGCCGCUGUGCGGCGCCGGCGCCACCAAGGAGCGCGUGAUGGCCGCCCUGAGCCAGGCCGAGUGUGCCCACUUCGCCACGCACGUCUCCUGGAAGCUGGCCGCCCUGGUGCUGGCGCCCAACCAGGAGGGGGCCGUCGGUGGCAGUGGGAGGAAAGGGUCGUUCGGGAGCGGAGGUUACAACAUGGGCGACGACGGCAGCGACGUGGAGAGCAUAUGCGACAGCCCGUCGCUACAGGAGUUCCUGCUCACGGCCGCCGACAUACUGGACAUGAGGCUGCCGGUCAAGCUGGUGGUGCUGGGCUCGUACCAGGAGUCCAGCAGCAAGGUGACGGCGGACGGGGUGGUGGGUCUGACGCGGGCGUUCCUGGCGGCGGGCGCCCAGUGCGUGCUGGUGUCGCUGUGGCCGGUGCCCGUGGCCGCCUCCAAGGUGUUCGUGCACGCCUUCUACUCGGCGCUGCUCAACGGCUCCAAGGCCAGCGCCGCCCUCACCGACGCCAUGAAGACCGUGCAGAGCAGCAAGCAGUUCUCACACCCCUCCAACUGGGCAGGCUUCAUGCUGAUUGGCAGUGACGUGAAGUUGAACAGCCCCUCGUCUCUGAUUGGCCAGGCCCUGGCUGAAAUCCUGCAGUACCCAGAGAGGGCCAGAGAUGCCCUGCGUGUGCUGCUGCACCUGGUGGAGAAGUCGCUGCAGCGCAUCCAGAAUGGCCAGAAGAACUCCAUGUACACGUCUCAGCAGAGCGUGGAGAACAAGGUGGGCGGCGUGCCGGGCUGGCAGGCCCUGCUGUCGGCCGUGGGCUUCCGUCUGGACCAGGCGGCCACCGGCAUCCCCGCCGCCGUCUUCUUCCCCACGGCGGACCCCGGAGACCGGCUCCAGCAGUGCAGCGCCACCCUGCAGUCCCUACUGGGUCUUCCACCCCCUGCGCUCCAGGCCCUGUGCAAGCUCAUAUCAGCCUCCGAGGCUGGGGAGCAGCUCAUCAGUCGGGCUGUUAAAAAUAUGGUGGGAAUGCUCCACCAGGUGCUGGUCCAGCUGCAGUCGGGGGAGAAGGAGCAGGACUUCUCCCUGAUGCCCAUCCAGGUGUCCAUCAGCGUCCAGCUCUGGAGGCUGCCCGGGUGCCACGAGUUUCUGGCCGCCCUGGGAUUUGACCUGUGUGAGGUGGGUCAAGAAGAGGUCAUCCUGAAAACGGGCAAACAGGCCAACCGUCGCACCAUGCACUUUGCCCUGCAGUCCCUGUUGGCACUGUUUGACUCCACAGAGCUGCCCAAGCGCCUCAGCCUGGACAGCUCCUCGUCGCUGGAGUCUCUGGCCUCUGCCCAGUCGGUGUCCAACCCGCUGCCCCUGGGCUACCCGUCGCUGCCCUUCUCCCCGACGUGCCCCGACAGCAUGGCGUCGGACGCCAUCUCCGUCUACAGCCUGAGCUCCAUCGCCUCGUCCAUGAGCUUCGCCUCCAAGUCCGAGAGCGACUUCCUGGGCCAGCGGGGCCGCGGCGGCGGCAUGGGCGUGGGCCACCUGUCGGCCCACAAGCACCCGCACGGCGGCGGCGGCGGCGCCCGCAGCCGCUCCUCGCCCCAGGGCACGGUGGUGGCCGGCGGGGCCGGCGGCCGCGGCGACGACGAGGAGUACGAGGGCUUCUCCAUCAUCAGCAGCGAGCCGCUGGGCAGCCACUGUGACUCCCUCCCGCUGCCCCCGGGACACGCUCAGAGGCACCGCAUGCUGCGGGGACGAGGGGCCGGCGUGGGCUCGGGGUCCGGAUCCGGGCCGGGCGCGGGGUACAGCGCGGCGUCCGUCUCGUCCAAGGGCAGCGUCAGCACCCCGACGUCGCCUCUGAAGGCCAGCCUGGUGCCCAGCCCCAACUCGCCCUUCCAGAAGGUGGCCAAGGUGAACAACUCGGACGCGGGCGAGUCGGACCAGUCCAGCACCGAGACGGACAGCACCGUCAAGUCGCAGGAGGACAAGAGCGGCGGGUCGUCGUCGGCGCCGCUCGACCCGCAGGAGCUGGCGCAGAAGAUCAUGGAGGAGACCCAGAGCCACCUGCGGGCCGUCGGGAGCCUGCAGCGGGGCGUGGCCGAGGGCAUGGCGGCGCCGGCGUCCAGCUCCACGCCGACCAAGGGCACGGCGUCCGCCGCCACCACCGCCUUCCGCUCCUCGGAGACGAGCGCGUUCAGCCGGCCGAGCAGCCGCGCCAGCCUGCGGGAGCGGCCCAAGCCGCCGUCGCGCUCCUCCUCGCUGCAGAAGAUCAGCUCGGGCUACAGCAGCCCGGCCCACUCGGACUCCUCGCUCAAGGAGACCGGCGGCCACCCGUCCCCGUCGCUCGACAGCCUGGCCCAGUUCAAGCUCAAGUACCCCAGCUCGCCGUACAGCGGCAACAUCUCGCGCUCGCCCAGCAACGUGUCCCCGAGCUCCGGGCACCAGUCGCCCGUGGGCAGCGCGCCCUCCCCCGCCCUCUCCUACUCCUCCACGGGCUCCGCCUCAAGCCACGCCGAGGCCCCGGUCAGCCUGGACCGCCUGCGGAGGACCGUCAUCGACGAGAAGGUCCAGGCCGUCCACAACCUGAAGACCUUCUGGGCCAACGCGGCCGCCCAGCAGCAGCACUCCGGUCCGGUGCGGGCCAUCCGGGGCAUCGCCGGCACGGGCAAGGGCACCGGCCCGGCGAGCGAGAAGGACGUGCUGGGCCUGUUGAACCUGUCGCCGCGGCGCUGCUCGCCCGGCGACGGCCAGGACAGCGUCGAGCUGUCCAAGCUCGGGAGCCAGACUCUAGACAAGGGCUCCGGCAGGCCUGCCAACGGCCACAACGGCACUGACGCCCACAAAACUGCCCCCUCGCCGACCAUAUCCACCCGGAGCAGCCCCGGCGCCCGCCCCAUCCGCCUACCCUCCAGCAACGGCUACAAGUUCCUCUCCCCCGGCAGGUUCUUCCCAUCGUCAAAAUGUUGAGACAGUUGUGUAAGAUUUGUGCUAGUUAUAUACCACUCAUUCAUGACUGGUCUGAGAACCACACACAAAAAAAACAAAACAACGAAAAGAUAUCAAAAAAAAGCUGGGCACUUAAGAGGCCUUUAAGCUGGCCCUAAUGACUUGAUUCACCACAGAAAAAGAAGAUGGCAGCCACUGAGAGCAAC